GCGUCUUCCUCCUUCGCCUCAGGUUCUUCUCCUCAGCCGCCGGGGGCUUUGGAACCGAGAAGGUGGGCUGAGGGUAGAAGCACUCCCCAAGCAUCACCCUCUGGAAACAACCAUCCAUGUAGGACUGGAACCACUGCAAAGCGGUGCCACUGGCCCCUACUUGGACAGUCACUCCAGAAGAAUACCAUGAAAUUGAUUGUUCCAUUUGCCUUGAGGAAGAAGACACAAGCAAAAAGGUGAUGAAUGAGGUCAUUCGUAUCCACACGUGGCCCUGCUCCUAUUACAUCAACUCUGAGAAACGAUGGAUUUCUGGCAAACUCUGCCUGACACCCAUUUCGGUCAGAUUUACAGCUGACAAAUCUGGAGAGCUCCUGGCUGACUUCCAUCUCUCUGGCAUCAGUGAGAUCAAGAAGGAAUCUUCCAACUUCAUCUUCAGUUCCCUCACUGUUUUGGAAAAGAGCACCAAGCACUGGUUCAGUUCCCUUCAGCCCAAUCGAAAUGUUGUUUUCAAUAUCCUUGAGCACUUUUGGAGGGAACAGCUGCUCUCCUCGGAGGGGGCUGCAGCCGGGGCCAUUGGCCCCCAAACUUCCAAGGGGCAAGAGCUGACCGGCUUGCUGGCAGGAUCUCAGAAACGGCUAGAAGACACUGCAAAAGUGCUUGAGCACCAGGGGGAACAGUUUGAUAACAUCAUGAAGGGGCUGGACAAGAUUGAAUCAGAGAUGGAUGUAGCAGACAGGUUGUUGUCAGAACUGGAAUCUCCCGCUUGGUGGCCAUUUGGUAGCAAACUGUUGAAGGGGCCAUUAAACGUAAAGCCAAAGGAAAUCCCUGCCGUUUCUGAUUCUGGAAACAAGGAUGGAGUAAUAUUGCGAAUCCCAGUUAUUAUCACUGAAAGGACCGAUUCCAACGUCAAGCCAGGCAAACUCGCCCUCCUGGCUUCUGGCCUGGAGAUCAGCGAUUCCAACUCUCAGCUCCUUCACUGGUUUGACAAGAAGGAUGUAGACGAUGUCAAAGUUCAUACACCAUAUGAAAUAAGCGUCCGCCAGAGGUUCAUUGGGAAACCAGACAUCAGCUAUCGGCUGCUGUCAGCAAAGAUGCCGGAAGCCAUCCCCAUCUUAGAGAUGCAGUUCAGCAAGAAAAUACAGUUCAUGGAAGAUGCUUUGGCAUUUGCUGGGGCAAGGAAGACUCAUCAGGAAGAUGUUGGCGCUUCCAUUUGGCAAGCAGCAACAGGACUGAUAGGAAACAUAGUGCAAGCUGGACCAACACCCUCCUCCUCGCGAGGAGCAGGAGGAAGCCAGCAGGCUCAGAUACAGAAGCAACAGCAGGUGGUUUCAGAGUCUGAAACUCAGGAACUCAAACAGAUUCUCCGGAAACUCAAGAGCCUGGCCUUGGAAACGGAGACAGAACUGGAAAGGCAGGACGAAGCCCUUGAUGGCAUCACUUCUUCUGUGGAUCGCGCCACCAUGAAUAUUGACAAACAAAACCGCAGAAUGAAGAAACUGACGUAGCACCCCCAAGAAGCUGGUUGCAGAGAUUGCAGCUUGGCGCUCAAGCCAUAAGAUCUCCAAUGUUUGUGUUAGCUGACUGAAUUCCCGAGAGGGCUUAGGACUGGAAGAAACAAAUGCUGAGCAAUGGAGGUGAUUUUGAUAAGCCCCUUUUAAAUUGCAGUGAAGUUCUGCUAAAGUAUGAGGAGCUUAACCUCUACUGCUGGAAUGGGGCAGUAUCCUGAUUUGUGGCAGAUUUGAGAAUACUUCCUUGCAUGCUCAUUGACUUUUUGAAAGAAAACUGCACUGUGAUUCAAGGGAAUGAAUAGAAUACAGCAGUGUGUUGGGGAGACUCCUGAAGUCCACUCAUGGUAAUGUAGGCAAAGCAUGAUUUGCAAAUGAUGCAUUUUAUGACUAACAAUAAUUGAAAAUUUAGAAUAGCACUUUUAGUUGCUGUGUUUAUUCAGCCAUAAGGGAACUGACUUGCCUUGGCAGCAUGUGAUCAAUGAAUCACUAUACCUGCUGGAUUGGGGCCAAUAUUUAUUAAUUAAUUUAUUUAUUUAUCUCACAUUUUUAUCCUGCCUUUCCUUCAAGGAACUCAAGGCAGCAUAUAUGCACUCUUUCUUCCUGUUUCAUCCUCACAACAGCCCUACGAGGUUAGGCCGAGAGGCAAUGACUAGCCCAAGGUCACCCAGUGAGCUUCCUGGCUGAGCACGGAUUCGAACCCUGGUCUCCUGGGUCAUACUCCAGCACUCUUAACCACUACACUGCACUGGUGUAUUCAUAUUUUCCAGUUUUCUGUUUCCACCAGCAGUGACCCAGAUGCAGCAGCUCUUCCUUUUCUGUUACCAACAACUUUGCAUUUUUGAGAUAUACUACUGCUUCUGAAUGUGGAGGUGCCAUUGGACUAUUGUGGCUAAUAACUGGACUCAAAAUGCAUCAGUUUGCCUAGUCUCUUUUUCAGGCCAUCUAAACUAGUGGCAAUCACCUAUUAACUUAAUUGGAAUCACUGUCAGUUCGUGCCAGUGAUCUGGAAGUGAAAUCCUCUUCUAUUUCUACUGUCUUUUCUAAACAGAUACUUAAGAGGAAAAGCGUGAGGCGCCCCUCUUUGAAAAGCCAGUUUUAGAUGCCUGUGAUACACUGUACAUAUUUAAUAUCUUUGAAAAAAGAAACAGCCGCAAUGUUUGAACUUCAUUGUUCCUAUGGUUAUACAGUCUAUUUAGCUGAAUAUGAUUGAUUUAUUAUCAAGAAUUACUUCAUAAAACAAGUUUUAGAUGUGAUGUAAUAGUUUAUAGGAAGAAUCCAGUCCUCCUUACCUUUGGUUUCUCUGGUGUUGAACACAGUAGUUCAGUGCCAUUCUAAAUUUACCUCGGCAUAACCAUGUGUCUUAUGUCAAAGCUAGUUCUAAAAGUUGAAUUUGCCGAUUUAUCGUUAUUCGCUCUGGACUUACUGAACUCUGUGAGAAACUUGGGAUCCAGAAGUAACAUUUGUGAAUUAAGUGUCAGAUUAAGUGUUUUCUCCGGCACCUGAAUUUGAAUUUGGGGGCAGUUUUUGCAAAAUUGAAAAAAAAAGCCGUUUUUUUCAUUUCAGCCAGAAGACCCAUUAGGUUCUCUAAACGUCUACAGACAAAAAUGUGUUUUAGCUGUACUUUAAUAUUACUCACAUGUAUAUUGCCUGCUAAUUGCACUUUUAGAGCAAAUUAGUUUGAAGAAAAAGUAAUGCUGUGCCAAAUUUAGGUGAGGUUCCUUUUCCAGUGCGUGGGGGUGGGGAGUGAGUGGAAUCUUUGAAAAAUCCUAUCCACUAUUCCCAAUAUUUUGAACUUCUCUUUUUUUGCAGGUGUUGUUAGCCUGCUUCAACACACACACUUUAAAAAACCAAGCAACCACACCAGAAUUAUAGAAUUUUAGAGCUGGAAUGGGCUACAGGGUCAUCUAGGCAGCCCACCGCUUGCAGGAAUAUUAUGCCUAACAAGGGGCUCAAACUCACGACUCUGAAACAGGUGAUUCCUGCAUUGGAAGGGAUUGAGCUAGAUGACCCUCAGCGUCCCUUCCAACUCUACAUUUCUAUGAUAUUGUGGAUCAUGAGUGACUACACAGCCAAUCAGGGAUCACAUAUUGGACAUUUGACUAGUUUGCUGGGCUGAUGCUCCCUGUCUUGCUCUUGUUUGUUUAGUCAUUUAGUCGUGUCUGCCUCUUUGUGACCCAGUGGACCAGAGCACGCCAGGCACUCAUGUCUUCCACUGCCUCCCAGUGUUUGGUCAAACUCAUGCUGGUAGCUUCGAGAACACUAUCCAACCAUCUCGUCCUCUGCCGUCCCCUUCUCCUUGUGCCCUCCAUCUUUCCCAACAUCUGGGUCUUUUCCAGGGAGUCUUCUCUUCUCAUGAGGUGGCCAAAGUCUUGGAGCCUCAGCUUCACAAUCUGUUCUUCCAGUGAGCACUCGGGGCUGAUUUCCUUCAGAAUGGAGAGGUUUGAUCUUUUUGCAGUCCAUGGGACUCUCAAGAGUCUCCUCCAACACCAUAAUUCAAAAGCAUCCAUUCUUCAGCCAUCAGCCUUCUUUAUGGGUCUUGCUCUAGUUUUUAUUAUUUAUUACGCUCUUCACCCUAAGGUCCCAGGGCAGGUUGCAGCAUUAAAACACAACAUUUAAAGCAACUUGCAAUCAUAAAAAUAAGGUGGGUCCUAAAACAGUACACCUCGAGUAUGAAAAGCCAGGGUAAAGUGGUGCAUCUUCAGCAUUCAUUGGAAGCUGUACAAUGAAGGUGCCAGCCGCUGUUAUGUGGGCAGGGAGUUCCACAGCUUAGGGGCCACCGCAGAGAAGGCCCUCUUCCAGGCCACCGCUCCCUGCAAGCCUUUAAGGGUGGAGGCACUACCAAGAGGGCCCCUGUGCCGAUCUCAACACCUGAGAGGUUCUGUAGGGAAGGAGAAAGUCUUCCAGGUAUUUGGGGCUUUCAUUCUGCAAGAUUUGCAACUUAAGAUGCACCCAACUUAAGAUGCACAUCUGGUUAUGAUGUUGUCCAUUUGUACUAUACUACUUUUCAGCAAUGCUUCCUUCCAGAUGUGCAACCCCUAUCGCAUUUUGCCUGGCUUGUCUGCUGUUUACUUGACUAGAUUGGGAUGAAGGAGAACUGGCAACAAGGACAUGUUCCCUCUUCCUCAUAUUUUUUUGCAAAGGCAUAAAAAAAAAAAAGCAAGCCCCAAAGAGGUGUUAGUUUUGGGGGACAAAAGUGCUCAUGGGACAUCUCCAAGCCCCAUUUUGGCUCAGUGGUAAAAGACGCUUUGUAAUGACUAGCUUAGUGUAGCAUGAGAUUUCACUGGCCCAGAGCCCAGCUCAUUGGUUUUAGAGCAUGCCAUUUUGCAGACUUGGAUGCUAUUUUAUCUGGUGAUUAUUUUGCAAUCAUGAUCUGUGGGACUGUGCCUUUAUUCAGUAAAGGGAGGUGGAAUUUUUUCAAUUCUUGGUGCUGUGUUUCAGGCACUUACCGUGAGACGCUUUGUUUCUUCGUUACACUAAUUAAGCAGCAGAGCCAUUAAACAUGUUUGGAAUGGUCAGCUGGAUGCAAAGCCUUGCGUCCUUUAGUGGUGGAUGACUUUGAGAUCUUAAGACUUCCAUGAUGAACCCAAAUCAUUGUGCCAACUUGCAAAUUUUUGAACUGUUUACUGCCCAUUCUGAUAUCCCACUACCUUUAUGAUUGGUUUGUACCUUUUGUAUGCCACACCUGAGACUGUUGACCUGCAUCCCAAACACUUUUCUAUCCAUAGUAAGAUGCAGGUUAGUUUAUAUACGGUCCAGGUGUUUUGCCAGCUUUGUAUUACUGUGAGAAGAAGCUUCUGUUUACAAUGUUCAUGUAUUUAAAUAUUGUUUCUAGCCAUCAUUUGAUAUGACGACGAGCCAUAUUUUCACAUGAUUGAACAUUCUUGUGGGGAAACCACAUUUCCCAUGAUGCUUUACUUGUGAGGGCGGACAGAUCGCUUCUCUAUUGCUUACUGUAAAACGGACAAUGGCUGCUCCCCACAUUCUGCAUGGAUUUUAAGGGUUCAGAAUUUAAAGCAGAAUAUUUGGGGAAAGUAUCCUGAAUUUCAGGGAAUUAAGUGAAAAUUAUCAACUGAUGCCUGCUUAAAGGGAAACUUAAGUUCAUUUUUAUCCUAUAAAAAAACAACAACCCAAAACCUGCGUUUUGCAGUUGAAAUGCAUUCAGGGGUGGUUGUGUUUAAGCAACUGUACCCAAUGAUUUUGUGGCAUUCAGUUGAAGUUGAGGCAGCUUGGUAAGGGUGCAGAAUACAAACCCAUAGAAAGGAAUAGAAGCAGCAAAAGAGCUUCAGGCUUGACCUGUCCGUGACUUAAAUUGCAUAAAAUCAGGUUGUUCUAACACACUCAAAUAUAGAAAGAAUACCUGUACAUAGCACAUGCACUUUUAUUAAGUUACGUUUAUCUUCUGUUGUUUUUUCUAACAUGGCCUUGUUUUUUUUAAUUUUCCAUGAGUUGUGUUUAUUUUUGCUAAUUUCAAUGACUGGGUUUGAAUUCCUUGACUUUGCGAGGUGGGGAGUGUCAUCAAACAACCUUGAUCAGCAUAUGUUCAAAAGGAUUUUCCAAGUUCAAAUUGGGGUGUUCAUUUGGCAGUUUGUAGCACAUUUCUUCCUGCCAUUAAAAUGGUGGCAUAUCUUCGAACACCAGACUGUUUUUUCUUAUGGAAAGACAUGCUGGUGUUGGAUAACUUUUGGUAAUGCUAGCCUGCAACCCUUUUAAAGAAUGGAUGCUUUGAGUGUCCUGCUCAGUUGUGUGCAGGAUCAGUUUUAUAAACUGCUAAAUGGUUUGGGAGCUCAAUUUCUUGCAGGGCUUUCCCUGUCUUGUUUCCUUCGUCUAAUUCAGUGCUUCCCAUAGUGGGCAGUACCUCCCCCUGGGGGACAGUGGGAUUACCUAGAAGAGAUAGAAAUGAUUAUCAGACUUUGAAAAGCUGGUAUCACUGGAUCCAGUCCCUCAAUGUUGUUGAAUUAAUUAAACUAAAUAGUUUUCAUUGGAUUUUGAAUAAAGGUGCAAUUAAUUGUU